GCUAAGUGCGAGGCUAUCAAAAGGACCCAAACAACAUGAACCGGAAAUUUUGAGAGCAUGAAGUAAACAUUGGAGUUUAUGCUUAAAUUGUAUGAUUUUCAGCUAUUUCAGACUCCUCAACAGUGGAUACAAUGAACAACAUAUCCCCAGAGGUUGCACUGCACCGGAUCUCACCCGAGCUGCGGCCCUUGCUGUCCAGCGUUGUGCGGAAUGGCCGUGUGGGACUCGACUCGACGAACUGUCUCCGUGUCACGGACCUCAAAACUGGCUGUACAUCUCUGACCCCUGGCCCCUGCUGUGAUCGCUUCAAACUUCACAUCCCCUACGCUGGAGAAACCUUGAAAUGGGAUAUCAUAUUCAAUGCACAGUAUCCAGAAUUGCCACCAGAUUUUAUUUUUGGAGAGGAUGCCGAGUUUCUCCCUGAACCCUCAGAGCUACCGCACUUGGUCCAGUGGGAUGCUGGGGAUCCAGAAUGCUUGCUACAGCUGGUGAAGGAGCUCCUCCAGCAGUACCACCACUACCAAUGCCAGCGUCUGCGCGAAAGCUCCAGGCUGCUCUUCGAGUAUGACAGUCUGCUGGAGGAUCCCAACUACGGCCGCAACAUGGAGAUUUAUGCCGGACGCAAGAACAGCUGGACGGGAGAGUUCUCAGCCCGUUUCCUUCUCAAGCUACCGGGGGACUUCAGCAACAUCCCCGUCUAUCUCCUUAAGGACACAGCGGUGGACCCUGGAGAGGACGUGGCCCUUCUCUCAGUGAGCUUUGAGGAUGCUGAGGCCACCCAAGUCUUCCCAAAACUCUACCUCUCCCCCAGCAUUGAACAUGCUCUGGGAGGCUCCACGGCACUUCAUAUCCCAGCAUUCCCCAGUGGAGGAUGCCUAAUUGACUAUGUCCCCCAAGUGUGCCAGUUACUCAACAACAAGGUGCAGUAUGUCAUCCAAGGCUAUCACAAGAGGAGAGAGUACAUCGCCGCCUUCCUCAGCCACUUUGGAAUGGGCGUGGUGGAGUACGAUGCCGAGGGAUUCACAAAACUCACUCUUCUACUUAUGUGGAAGGACUUUUGCUUCCUAGUACACGUGGACCUCCCGCUGUACUUCCCUAGGGACCAGCCCACCCUCACCUUCCAGUCCGUGUACCACUUCACCAGCAGCGGCCAGCUCUAUUCUCAGGUGCAGAAGUCGUAUCCCUACAGCCCUCGCUGGGACGGCAAUGAGAUGGCAAAGAGGGCCAAGGCGUACUUCAAGAGCUUCAUCCCUCAGUUCCAAGAGGGAGCCUUCGCCAACGGGAAACUCUAGUACCCUCUAGCUUAAUGACAUGCCUGGAGAGCUGCCUAAGGGAGUGUGUGUGUGUUUGUGUUGUGUACCUGUAUAAGAGUAUGCAGAGACCUACAUUCGUGGAAAUGUGCUGUACUGUAGUAGCACGGUGAGAAUGGUUUGCACACAGGCUCUGUGAAUUCCACAUCGUUUCACUUUGAAAUGCUUGCCUCUCAGUGCUUCCCUUUGUGUUUUAGUGAGAAGCCACUUUGGUGAAGAAGAGUCUAGAUGUCCAGACACUGCAUCAUACCUACAACAACAAAAUAUUAUAACAAUAAAGCAGACGCAUAAACAUGUCACACAAUUGUAUGGGAUCAGGCUGAAAUGAUGUAAAGGACCUUUAUUUUGAAGUGAAACUUGAAACUAUGACAGGAAGAUGCUGCCUAGCUGUGAAAGAUAUUUGGUGAUAUGUGAUAUGUAUUGACUACAUGUUCAUCACAAAGAGCUGUAGGGACGACGCAAAAGACCGUUGUUUACCGUUUGUUUGUUUUGUCCAUCACGAUUGCUCCUUGUCUGUAUGUUCCAUUUGACCGUUCAAAGCCCCGUCAAGUCUUUUACUGACAGCUUGACGGACAGUACUGUAAAUUACUAAAUGUUUAGUCGAAAUUUCUAUCCAGUAAAGAAGUCUGUUUCCCCUGACGGCGUGCGUGAUUGUUUUGUACUUAGUCUGCACUGUUUGUUUAUUGUAUUGGAAUUUAUUAUGGAGAUAUUUAUAUCUUUGCUAAUGGGCACUUGUUUUCCUCUCAAAGCACAAGUGUGAUCUCCGUUUGUCAUCUGUUUUCCAUUCACAACGUAUAUUCAGCCAAUAGCAGAGUUCACAUCAUAUGGGAUGGAUAGCUGAUGUAUUUACCCAAAGCUUUUUGUUGUUUUUGUUGAAAUUCUCUUUACAUCCCGACAGCAAUCAAUGAAUCAAAUGCUCUGACAAAAAAAAAAGCAUCUGUUAUCUGUGGCUGUAACAGAACUGUUAAAAGCCUGUCUAUCUACCUACCUGAUUGUCACCGGAGUCUUCAAUAAGCUGCUAGCUUAACAACUGUGAGUACUAACUGUAGCAAUGUUCAUUGUUUACGUUCAGAAUGAUCAUUCUGGGGGAGUGGAGUGGGAGUUUAGCAGCUUUCAGAGCCAGUGCUGCCCUCUACUUUCAUGGGGAAAGGAGUCGGCAACACUGGGCUUAUGUUACGUUUUGCAGAAAUGUUGGAUAAACCAAAGUACUGGACAGUCGAUGGCACCGGAUCGCUUUUGGAAUCCGAAAUUAUUCCCCUUGUAGGGAACGUCCAUGUCUGCUCCAAAUUUCCAAAAUGGUUACUCAUCGAAUAGUAGAAGUCAGGGCAUCACAAAAAUCAUCAGGAUUCUUUGUCUGGAAACCAUAAAAGUUUUUUGCCAAUCAAUUUUAUAGAUGUUAAAAUAUUUAUAUUAUAAAUACAAUUUUACUUGCUGGUGGUGCUGGAAGAAAAGGCAGUGGAUCUCCAAAUUCAUUAGGCUUCAUCCUUUUGGAGACAUCACAAAAACAGAAAAUAUUUUUGAUUAAACGCACUGUUGUGUGAAAAUACAUCUUUAAAGGGAAACCAUUUUUAGCAGAACACAUGAUCUGCAUAUUUUUGUGUUGCCCUCUCUGCCCUUUAAGUGUGUAAAGGUGUACUUUCAUGUGUCCUAUCUGCAAUGCAUUUAUAAACCCUGGAGAUGCUGUUCUUUUCACAGGCCCCUAAUGCGCUUGUGUAAUAAGGAGCCACAGCACAGAGAGAGUGUGUGUGUGCACGCACACAAGCCCAUGCGUGGAUGUGCACAUGCAUGCGCUUGCUUGUUUUCAUCAUUAAAUAUCAGGGUCAUAGUUAGGGGUCCUUCCCGGCCUGAGGUGCAGCCCUUUGCUAUAUUUAUUGUUGGUAAUGCAGCAGCUGUCAGGUCUAAUUGAGAACUAUAGGGUGAAUGUAUCUGGGGCAUUUUAAUAGCAUCAAGGCUCCUAAUAAAAUAAUUGUUUAAAAAGCAAGAUUCUUUUUGUCUUUUUCACCGCCCCGCUCCAUGUUCCUUGCUCUAACCUUUCCCGACCUGCUUUCAAAACGUCUCAGUUGUCUGUCAGCCAAUGGACGGGCUGCUCUCCAUGUUGAGUUCUGGGGUGGGGAGUUCAGAGGAGGGGUAGCAUCUUUAACGAGCAUGAGCAGUUUUAACUUGGCAGUCGACCGGAGACAUCACGACUGCACUCCAAACGCAGCGAUGGAUUUUCAAUAGCGGUGAACUUAGGGUUAACCCUUCUGUGUGAAUCUCAGCCUGCAAAAUCUGAAUCGACAAUUAGUUUACAAAGGGUGAUUGACUCAUUUGAUUUUGAAAGGUGGUAGCUUAAAUCAAUUCUUUGAACACAGAGCGUGACAUUGCAGUGUGUAAAGUGUGCCAAUUUAAUCUGGAGAAAGGAAAAAAAAUCAUGGAAGUUUCCCCUCAGGCCUUGAUGUUGACCCAAGUUGACAUAAGCCCUUUAAGUGACUUGUAAACAAUUCCUCCCCAAAGUGGCUUUAAACUGUGUCACCGUCGCGACGUACGAGUCACACUCGGUUAGCCUCCUCCCUCAAAAGUGGCUGCGCCUAAACACGGCUCACCUUUACACGCUUUUAAGCAACUUAACGUGGAUUUAUACCGUGUAAUGAUCCCGUGGAGGUGCUGCUCAAGGUACCUUUUGAAGAUGCGCUUCUCAGCUCCCCUGAAUCACAGUGCAGAGGUCUGCCAACCCUCCGAGCUAAUACUCCAAAAUCCACUAAUCCGGCCGUCUUUAAGAGAUCUCAACGGCAGUCGGGUGGAAUAAUUAAAGGCUGGAAUAAUUAGCUUGGAAAUCUGUGGACG